CGACUACUCCUCCACGUGACGAUGUCUGAAGAUACAGUCCCUCUAUGAGUUUUACGCAUUCUAUGGGGAUUAAUUUUCGUGACAGAUGCUUCAGUUCCUCGAGAUCGAUAUCGGCCGUUCCUUGAGUCACCCAUACACCCUGUCAUCUACCAUACAUUGGAAUUCUGAAAUAUACUAUGAUCGUCAUACGAUAAUGUGCCUGAAGAUUUUUAAAUUAACAUGGACCUCACAGCAUCAUAUAAUUUUAAUACUGAUGAGCAUUACAUUUAUACUGAUUAAGAAUGCCAGUGCUUCAGAUACAUCUGUAUUGAGGCAUAUAGCGUCAAAUUUGCAACCGGAAGAAUGUCUAAGGAUUGUCUCCUACAAUUUGAAUCCCACAAUUGAAAGAGUGAUAAGGAAGGAUGGAUUGAAUGCAAUGGAAUGUUUCCAUCAAUUAUAUCAAUGGACAUCAGAAUUGAAAGUGACGCGAAGAGACGUUCAAUUAGUUUUAGAAAAUCGUCUACGACAAAUCGGCAGAGAUGACUUGAUUACUUGGCUCACUAAUUUGGAAUUAAAUGAUACUCCAAUAUUAAAUUCUACGAAUGAUCAGCCGCUUGAACAAAAGUAUCCAGUCAAAGAGAAAGAGACCAUCAGGAAGUUAAAAUCAGUGCCAGAACCAACCUUGUCAAAAAUUAAUGAUCUCAUCUCGAAUUCGGCUGGACUAGGGUCAAAUCAUGAUUCAAUUUCUCUCUCGAAAGAUUCUGUGUCUACUUCUGACUUGGUGUCAAGGUUAAAUUUUUUACUCGGCCUAGCUCCAGCAAGAAGUAAAUUAAUUAAAAUAAGGGAGAAUCAGGAUGAUCGUGAUACUACAACAUCGAUUGCACCGGAAAAAUCACCCUUUGCCCAGUUUCAUCCUGUUUCGAAAGACAAUCAAAGCGAAGCGACAAAUAAAAACGAGAAAAAAGUCGAAACGAAUAAAGAAAGCAUACAAGUGCGAGGGAAUGGAACUGGGGAAGCUAAUAAAACUGAUCCCUUUACGAGGAUCAAGGAAAAAUAUAUUGAAGGAAAACCAUACGUGAAUCUUCCCAUCAUUCCAGCUUUGAUGAUAUUGGGAAUUGUCAUUUUCUGCGCAUGUUUUUGUGCUCUUCUAAUUAGAUAUCGGUUAGCGGUAUGUUUUAAUAAAUUACGAGGAAAAAAGAAGAAAAAGACGUCAAGGUUUGUAAAGAUUCCAUGAUUCUGGUACACGCUUUAUAUCGAUACUUUAAACGAUAGAAAUAUUUUACGACGCAGCAAACGUAAAGCGGUGGAUGAGGAACUCGGAAAGUCAUAUGUAAAAAAUAAAAAGAAAUCUGGAAGAAGACGAAAUCGCGACGACAGUCAAGAUAUGGUGAAUGCCGGAACUCAAAAUAG